GGCCCAUCGACGGCGACGAGGGUAUAAGAAGGCAAGCCAGGUCGGGCCAGAGAAUUCUUUCUUCAGUCAGGAACAGUGAACGUUGACCGCACAUUGAACCACCAUUACCCACCACAGUCUUUCCUUGCAUCAAUCAAUCACCAUGAAGGUUGCCGCUCUUUCUCUCGUUUCUUUGGCCACGGCCGCCUCCGCCGCCUCCGUCUCCCGCCGCAGCGACUUCUGCGACCAGUGGGGUACCGACACCGUGGGUGACUUCAUCAUCUACAACGACCUCUGGGGCGAAGACAACGCCUCCAGCGGCUCCCAGUGCACCGGUGUCGACUCCGCCAGCGGUGACACUGUCGCCUGGCACACCAGCUGGUCCUGGGAGGGCGGCAGCGAUGACGUGAAGUCUUACGCCAACGCUGCUCUCCAGUUCACCGGCACCCAGCUGAACUGCAUCUCCAGCAUCCCCUCCACCUGGAAGUGGUCAUACACCGGCUCCGACAUCGUCGCCGACGUCUCGUAUGACAUGUUCCUGGGCUCGACCGCCGACAGCUCCUCGGACGAGUACGAGAUCAUGGUCUGGCUUGCCGCCCUGGGCGGUGCUGGCCCCAUCUCCUCGACUGGCUCCCCUGUCGCCACCCCGACCAUCAACGGCGUGACCUGGAAGCUGUACAGCGGCCCCAACGGCGAGACCACCGUGUACUCCUUCGUUGCCGAGGAGGAGACCGAGUCCUUCUCCGGUGACAUGCUGGACUUCUUCACCUACCUCAUCGACAACGAGGGUGUCUCCGACGAGCUCUACCUGACCACCCUGGAGGCUGGUACCGAGCCCUUCACCGGCUCCGACGCCGAGCUGACCGUGUCGACCUACUCCGUCUCGAUCGAGUAAAUCAAAACACUGGGUGUUACAGAUGACAGAGGGGUGGGGAGAGGGGGAAUGUAGGCGCCGUGUUUCAGCUCCCUGGGCAGGAUACCGA